UAGUGUGAAGACAGUUUACACACAUAUACACAACCAGGUACGGUGUGAGUGUAAAGCUGGUGUACUGUUUGCCGUAGUGAAUUUAACGGUCCACACACUGUUUUGUAUUAGCUCAGCUCACGACCCAAGUGACGUAGAGAGAGUAUUCUACGUCACUGAAAGGGAAGCAACGCAACCCAUCUUCAGAAGCGCCAAGCAAGCAUGUGUGGUCCACCACUAUGAUGUCCUCUAAUAUACUGUUGCUAAGGAAAUGGAUGAAAUGAAUGGCUUCCCUAAGGCUGAAAUCCUCAUCGCCCCCUCCUCACCCCGUGUUUUUGUGUGUUUACAGAAAUCACUGCGAACAACCUGACGCGUCAAAAAGGAGCUCUGCACCAGCCGAGUCCAUUGGAGCCGGCACUGAGGAACUGAGUCGUCGGCUGCUGCCAGCUCUAGCACCAGAAUCCUCUACAGCCGUCUGGGUUGAGGAGCCGAGGUGCCUGGCUGGGGCUGGGUGGAUGGUAACUGGAGGAGUAGGGGGCCACGGCAGAAGGAGGAGAAUGGCAUCCACAGGCAUGCAGAUCUUUGCCUUCGUCCUGGCGCUGCUGGGCAUCAUGGGGGCCAUGAUGGCUACGCUGCUGCCCAAUUGGAAGGUGAGCGCCGAUGUAGGCUCCAACAUCAUCACGGCCAUCUCCCAGAUGCAGGGGCUGUGGAUGGACUGCACCUGGUACAGCACCGGCAUGUUCAGCUGCACCUUGAAGUACUCGGUGCUGUCGCUGCCCGCCUACCUGCAGACUGCCCGCACCACCAUGGUGCUGUCCUGUGUGAUGGCUGCCAUGGGCUUGUGCCUGGCAUCCCUGGGGCUCAAAUGUACUCGCUGGGGGGGCAGCCGGAGCGCCAAGAGGCACGCGGCCAUCGCCAGCGGGGGCUGCUUCAUCGCUGCCGGCUUCCUGUGCCUGGUGCCUGCUUCCUGGUUCACCAAAGAGGUCAUCACUAACUUCCUGGACCGCAGCGUGCACGAGAGCAAUAAGUUUGAGCCCGGGGGCGCCGUGUACGUGGCCUUCCUGUCGGCAGGCUUCCUCUUUGUGGGGGGGUCCAUCUUCUGCGUGUCGUGCUCGGGGAAGAGGCCCGGCCACCAGGACAUGAUCUUGCUGCCGCCCCCUGAUAAACUCUUACUGCAGCAGCAACAGCACCUCCUACAGCAACAGCAGCAGGACCAGCUCCAGCACCAGUACUGCUCCCUCUCCCCACUAGACAAUAAAACAGGCUACAGUCUGCAGGACUAUGUGUAGGCUAAAGCAACACUGCACGCCAUGCGCUACUGUUAGGCAGUUUGGGAAAACCGUUGCGUCUUACAUGUAGUUCACCAACCAACCAAGCUCAUAAAGAGGAGGAGGAGAUGAGAGAGGAGGGGGAAGGACUUUGAGGGUGGGUUUUUUCUUCCCCCCCCCAUUGUAGCUCUCUCUCUCCCCUCUUUCUUUGCUUUCUGUUCUAUGAGCACAAGCAGUGGAGGUAUUCCCUGAGCAGCUCCUUGGAACAGACAGACGGAUGGUGAAUGUGAAAUGCAGCGCAGCCGGAGGACGAAGGAAGGCGCUGCAGAAUGGGAGGGGAGCCGCAGCUGAACAAAUGCAGAUACCCCAGCGAUCAUCAGUAAAUCACACGAGUUCCCGGGGGAAUGGGUUAGCUGAUAGCAAGCCUCCUGUUCCUUUCCUUUUCCUCGCCAAAGGUUUGAAUUGAUUAGCAUUCAUUUAGUUUGCUAAGUCGUCAAUAUUGAUAUUAUUGUCUCAAAGAGGCAAUAACAGUACGUGGAAUUCCCUUUUCAUUAGCCAGCCAUUGUAGUUUUCAACCAUCCACAAGAUAUGGUAGUUGUUGGAACUGAUUUAAUAAAUUGUCUUAUUUUUGGUAGUGAAUAGACAUUGAUAUUUUGCCUAAGCAUGCUGUCUGGAGCCUGUCUGUGUAUAAUGCAGAGGAAUGCCUGCCUGGUAGAGAAUGAGACGUACGUAGUGUAACCAAACACAAUGCCUGUGCCUAAAAAGACGUAGUACAUUAUCCUUCCCGGGGAAAUUGUUCAAAAGAGGACUGGCAGGAUGAGUAAGUAGGGUGCUGGGCUAUGGAACAGAACUGCAGACAAACCCACCCCUGGAUCUCACCCUGCAGGUAGAGACACACAGAGAGGGAGAAACGGAGCGAGAGAGAGAGAGAACCUCCCCCUCCAGCAGAGUGGAAAGUCUGACAUGUUUGUUGCUUUCCCAUUUAGCUCCCAAAACAAGCUGCCUUCUUGGGCUAGGCUACACGCUACUGAUUUCAUGCAUUAGGCAUACAAAAUGAUCACACACCCCCACGUACAUACAGUUCACACCCACAUAGAGUACAAACACCCACACACAGAUACAAAACCCCACACAUACACAGAAACCCAAACACAUGCUCAGAAACACACACAGAAAUAUACAUGUACCUUUUUGACACACUGGGCUGCAUGUGCUUUUCAUCCUGCUGUCCGCCUCCUCACUGCCAUGGAAACGGAAUCCUGUGCCCUAAUGUCUUCAUUGUCUGGGGUGUGUUUGUGUCCACCAGUGCUUUGAGGUUGGGUAGGGGGGCAUCUCUCUCUCUCCCUCUGCAUGGCCCCAUAAGCCUUGUGCAGAACCUCAACACACACAGAGCUGCUCCUCUAAUCCCCUUUAUUAGCCCAGUGACAUGAGGCACCAAGCCAAUGUUACACCCAGGUCUGUCUGGGAACUGCUCUCUUUUUGUUGUCCUUCCUUAGUGUCUUUCACGUGCAAUUAGGGUUGAUGGGGAAAAUGGCUGUGUUGUGACAAAUCUGGCUGAUUAUUGGAAUUGUAUGAUGGCAUAGAGAGAGGCUUUGAACGGUCAUGGUUGACUGCAGUGGUGUGGCAGAUUUGCCUCCAAAUCCAGAAAUGGUUUGAGUCAUUCCUCCACAUGUGACUUGUUUACCAAGUCCGUCAGCAGUGCAUAUGCUACCAUGUAAUACCUGCAGGAGACCCUGCAGCUGAAGUUCAAGGACGUUCUGUGCCAUUCUGUUCUUUCCUUCCUGUCAAUCUCUCUUUUACCACUUCUCUCUACCUAUAUCCCCCUUUUACUGAAGUCACGUGGACUUUCUCUUUGACUGACAGGGAACACUUUUGCAUGUUGAGAGCAUGCUGGCCAACACACACACUGACACACCACCCCUGCUGCCUACUCAUAUGUCAAGGGUGCUAUUGCACAUUAACACAGUCACAUUCUCAUGUGUGUCUAACACGGCUGAGAGGAGAGGGAGGUAGGUUGUCUCCGGCCUGAAAUGGCUGCUCUGGUGACAGGCCCCGGCAGUGGCCCUCUCAUUCCCUCACACAUUGUUUCCUAUGGGGAGAGCAGAUGGCUAAGCCCAGCUCGCCACCUUCAGGCGGCUGCCUGCACAACGGGGGCAUCGCCACAGGCAUCACUUUAGGGCCUGGAAGCCCGGAAGGGGCAGGUUUCACACCCCAAGCAACAUGCCAGGGAUAGAGCAGAGGGGACCGGACGGGCAUCCGUACAAUAACACACUUCCCCAACCCCUGCCAGACCUUACGAAUGCAAUAAAUGAAGACAAGAAUGUGAAUGUGCCCUUGUUAACAAACUGAACACAUACAACACAUACAGUGCCUAUCAAAAGUUGACACACCUACUUAUUCUGGGGUUUUUCUUUAUUUUUACAAUUUUCUACAUUGUAGAAUAUGAGUUA